AUGCUCGCGUCCUUGGAGCUGCUCACAGCCUUUUUGGCCUGUUUCUCAGUUGGAUACGCUGUUCAAAUUCCUCCGGAUACACCCCUCUCUGAAUUGAUCGCCUCCGCCAAAGCCCAUCUUGCGCAGGGCUCACCCCGAGAUGCCGUGACAUACUUCGACGCCGCAGUGUCGCGCGACCCAACCAAUUAUAUUACUAUCUUCCAACGAGGCGCAGCUUAUUUGUCUAUUGGUAAAAAUUCACAGGCCUCGAGUGACUUUGAUCGUGUCUUGGAGCUGAAGCCAGACUUUGAGGGCGCCCUUCUACAGCGAUCCCGCCUCAAGGCACGAUCUGGGCACUGGGAAGAGGCCCUACGGGAUCUUGAGCGGGCUGGAAAGAAGUCUACGGAUGAUUACAAGGAACUAGAGGUUGCAAGGGAUGCAACCGUUUUGGCUCUCAAUGCCGAAAAGCAAGGCAACUGGGAGACCUGUGUCUCGGAGGCAAAUGUGGCCAUCCUGAAAGCAAACACGGCACUUCCACUGCGACAGGCUCGAGCUCGUUGCCACUUUGAAAGAGGCGAAACAGAAGAAGGUCUUAGCGAUUUGGCGCAUGUCUUGCAAAUGUCACCCAGCUUAGUCGAGCCCCACUUACAGAUGUCCUCUAUGUUGUUUUACUCUCUGGGUGACAGUGAACGUGGCCUUGCUCAAAUCCGCAAAUGCCUUCAUACCGAUCCCGACUCAACCCCUUGCAACCGUCUCUAUCGAAGUGAGCGGAAGCUCGCCAAGCGCUUGGAGAAAUUACAUGCCGCUCUAGACGGGCGCAAAUUCAGCAAUGCGGCCAAUCUCUUGGUCGGUGAUAAAGAGUCUACCGGUCUAAUUACAGACACCAAGAUCGAUGUUGAAGAAGCACGAGAGGCUGGUCAUAUCCAUCGUCUGGCGCCCAACAAUCUCUACACAUUUUUGGUCGAAAAGACCUGUGAAACUUACCGCGAGAUGCAUAUGAUCAAGAAAGCUGGCCCUUAUUGUACUGAAGCUCUCCAGCUUGUCCCUCAUUCACUUGCCGGUCUCUUGUAUCAAGCCCAGACCGCUAUAGACGAGGAUCGAUUCGAGGACGCCAUACGAACACUCGACUCGGCAAAGGACCACCACCCCGGUUCACAGGAAGUGCAGUCUCUUCAUCAAAAGGCCCAAACUCUGCUCAAACGUUCCAAGCAGAAGGACUACUAUAAGGUCCUGGGCAUCAGCCGUGACGCCGAUGAUCGCACAAUCAAGCGAGCUUAUCGCCAGCUGGUAAAACAGCACCACCCAGAUAAGGCUCAUUCUCAGGGUGUGACUAAGGAGGAAGCGGAGAAGAAGAUGGCGGCGAUCAAUGAAGCUUACGAGGUUCUGUCCGAUUCUGAACUCCGUACAAGGUUUGAUAACGGUGACGAUCCCAAUGAUCCUGAGUCCCAGCAGCAACGCGGUAAUCCGUUCCAAGGCAAUCCAUUCGGUGGUGGUGGUGGCGGUCAGCAGUUCUUCUUCCAGCAGGGCGGUCCACAGUUCCAAGGAGGAUUUAAAUUCCCUGGCGGUUUCCGAUAG